AGGAAAGAAAGUUUAUCAGAAUUUCUUCCUAAACCUCUUAGAAAUAACAGCAUAUUUUAAUCAGAGACUUCCCCUGGGCCACCGGCCACGAUGGAUGUGCACCUCGAUACUCCUGAGGGUCAGGAGCGCGCAAGCAACAGUGGCAAGGGAAGCAACGGCACAGGAAACCAGCAAGAUGUUGUUAUGAGGACAGAUCCAUCAGAAAUGACUGAUGUGGAGUCUGUGGUCAAUAAUUUUGCAUCUUCGGCCAGGACCGGCCGCCGGAAUGCUGUGCCAGACAUCCAGGGCUCAGCCGGGACAGGUGGGCCCUCAGAGUUGCCCCUCAAACUGGAGGCCCUCUCCAUGAAGGAAGAUGUAAAAAAGAAAAAUGAAGAAACAACACAAAGGCAAUUGGAAAAGCCAAAGAAAGAAGAAAAAUGAAGGCUCAAAAACUAUCAAAAGUACUGAAUUUCUGUACAUUGAAAGACUUAAUGUCUCUGCUUUCCUGAGAUGUUUGAUCUGGUAGUAACUAUGGUAACAUUGCAGCCCUAAGCAACAUGUGUGUAUUAGACAAUUUUGUUGUGAUGCUACUCACUUGGAAUGCAACCAUUGAUGUCCAAUGUAGGUUAUUAAAAGGCAUAUUACUUCCAAAUUGCACCCAAGGAAAAGGUUAAGAAUGUAUGGUCACUUAAAUACAUAUCAUUAUCUAUAAACCCAACAAAAUCCACUGCUCUCUUUUGGAUUUACGUGGCCAGAUGUAUUUUUAAUUCCAUUUUUAUGGUAACAGAUAACCCGUUUCUUGGUAAAUAUAAAGCAAACACUAUUCAUUUAAAACUUUAUGGAAUUUGUAGGACAUUUUUUUUGAUGGGAAGGAAUAAUAGUCAAAAACAUAUAGAGAAUAUUUAUUUUUAAUCAAAAAUGCACACUUUUCCCCAAACCCUAAAAGGAUUUGGAAAAAUUACAAAAGUUUGACAACCUAAAUAUCUCCAGGAUGUUUUUGUUUAAUUCAUUUUGCUUCUAGUCUAUGCAUACUGUGAUUUUUCAUGUGGACUCUCAGAACACAAAAUUUGUGACGAAUCGUUUAUGUGGAACAUGCCUAUUAAAUGAAUUUUGCUAUCUUCCUUAA